UUGGUUUGGAUAUCCGCUAGAAUCUUUGCCACCCGAUUUCGAUGGAAAAAAACUCAUUAUCUUUAAAAUGCAUAGUAGCUUGAUCAAGGAGUUAAGCUUCAUCAAGCCCUCCAUCAAUUUUAAGGAUAUGACAAUUAUGCAUUUCUAUGAUUGCAAUGUCUUAAUAACAAUUCCAGAUUUUUCAAGCGUCCCAAAUUUGAAGGAUUUACGUUGUCAUAGGUGUACAAGUCUAGUUGAGGUGCAUGAUUCUGUUGGAUCCCUAGAGAAUCUAUCUUAUUUGUCGUUUUUCGAUUGCUCUAACCUCAGAAUUUUUCCAAGAAGCCUCAAGUUGAGAUCUUUAUUGUUCCUUGAUCUUCGAUAUUGCUCAAGCCUUCGUUGCUUUCCUGAAAUUCUGUGUGAAAUGGAAUCUUUAAAAUAUUUAGAUCUAGAUCGCAGUGCAGUGGAAGAACUACCUUUGUCCAUUAGAAACCUCACUGGACUUAAGUAUUUAUAUUUAGGUAACUGCAAAAACCUUAAGCGUCUCCCAAUUGGCAUCAUUCCUCUGUUGCAACAUUUAAGAGAGCUUCAGAUUAGUGGUUGUGCAAAUCUGCUAAAGAAGAUGGUGGAUGAUCCACAAUCCAUUCUAGCUAUUGAGUCUCCGACAAUGGAAGACGAGAUAACAUUGAGUGAAGAACAACUCCAGAAAAUAUUGGAGGAAUCACAAGUGUUGAAUUGGAUGAAUUGUUUGCAAUCAGAAUCAGAUUUCUUUCCAAUAUCAAGUUUUUUUACUGAGUUUUUUUCCAAUUUCAAAGCCAUUUUGCCUUAUUUAAAUCUAUCGGGAAGUCAAAUUGUUAGCCUUCCCACGGGUAUAAAAGGAUUUGUUCCACUUGAUAAGCUCGACUUGAGAUAUUGCAAGAAACUUGAAGAAAUCUUAGAACUUCCACCAAAUAUAAAAUCUGUAUUUGCUUCUGGAUGCGAGUCAUUAGAAAGAUUUCCAGAACUAUCAAGAAUAUUGGAAUUCAAUGGAAGCCACAAUAGAUCUCUAUAUUAUCUUAGCUUGGAUGGCUGCGACAAAUUGCAUGAGAGGAUUUGGAAUUAUAAAGUGCCAAAUGCAUUACUGUGGAAGGGACAUUAUAAUGCCACUGUGUUACCGGAAAAUGAGAUUCCAGAGUGGUUCCAGCAUCAUAAAGAAUUUUUAGAAAAUCAAAUUGCUCAGAGAGGGGAUGAUGAUGUCCAAUUGAUCAAAGGAAAUGAAGAUUGGGUAAUAAAUAUUGAGGGGCCACUCUAUUUGGAAGAUAUCAGCGGGAUUGUAAUAUAUGUCGUUACAUUUUUUGAUGAAGAUCUUAGUAACGAGGAAUUUUUAUUGGAAGCUGAGGUAACUAUUAACAGCUCAAAUUGUGUAUGCUGUAUCGAUAGUCCAUCGAGUUGUAUCAAAGCCUUUGACCAAUACGAAGUAUGGAUGUGGUACUCUGAUUUAGAAUCAUUUGAGUCAAAGGUUUUGGACAACUUGAGGGUUCAACUUCGUAUUCCUCCCACUCCAAGUGAUUCUCUUCUGGAACCUUUCUCGGUAUGGUAUUAUAUAAGUAUGGGAGCCAAUGUUGUAUACAAGCAUGAAAGCAGAGCACAUAAAAGAAGAAAAAUGGAUUGAAUUAAAUGAUAGCCCAAGUGGAAUUUCAGGUUGCAUUCUCUGUGUUCCUAGGAGCAAAAUACUCCUAGUGUGAGAGAAGGGUGAAACCUAGUGGUUGAGAGUGAGUUCUUAGAGUGAGUUGAUUUGUUGGAGCAUCAAAAGCCACGGUUUGGUGAGUAAUCCUACCCUACCUUUUUGUUAGGCUUUGAAUUAUGCCGUGAGAAUGAAGAUUUGAUUGAGUUAUAUGAGGUUUAACUUGAAGAGAUGCAUUUCAGUUCAGAUUUGGAGUUUUGAUUGAAUAAAUUGUUUUGGGAUGAAAUUUUAGCCAUGACAUGUCUUGUUAUGAUCUUAUAUGUUUUACUAAUAUCUUGAAAUAUUUAUUGAAGGUUUAAAUUUGAGGAAAAUAGCAUGUCAUCAUAGGUUUAUAAAUCUAUAUCUUGUGUUGAUCAUCCAACAUGUUUCAGUUUCCACUUGUUUCAAGUUUAUUUUGUAAAAUCUUGGCUAAGUUUGGAAAGUAUGAGUCAUAAGCAUCUAGAAAUGCUUUGUUAUCAAGAUGAGAGCUAGAAUGCAUGAUUUAUUUAGGCUUUAAAACCCACAUUGACAAAGAGAAGCUAGAAACAUCAUGCAUGCACUCAGUUUGAAGGUUUUAUGAUGAUUUGGUGUUAACCAAUGUAUAAGUGUUGGGGUAAACUCGUGUGACUUGAACCUAAGUUACAAACAUGUUUCCAAGAUCAGAUUUAACGUUUUCUACUUGAUAAAACUUGAUCACACAUGCAUCCAAAGAGGUUAUGUGCUUGAAAUCACAGAAAGGCCCACAAAAUGCAUGUCACGGGUUGGAUAGAUUUUUGUAUAGUAGUUGAUGGAUUCUUGCAAUUCUAAGAUCAUAUAUAGAUUUAGAACAUGGAAAAUAUAAGGUUUGUGAAAUUUGGUAAAAUUUGGGUCUAAAAUGCAAAUAAUGAAUGUUUUGGGCCUAAGUGGCAAUUUCGAGAAAUGUAGGAGCAAUUUUAUAAAUAUCAUUGUAUGAACCCUUUUGAUUAUGAAGAUCUUCCUUAACUUUACAAUUUCCAACUUAGAAAAACUCUUAUUACAGCCGCACCAAAUUACUAAGUACCCGGAAAGAACUUACUAUUAGAGAAUUUAUUUAUGAUUAUUGUAUAAACGCCACAUUUAUUAUUAAAUGUUAUUUGAGCAUGAAACAUCAUAUGAUACAUCAUUGAGGAUUUGAUUACUUGCUUACAUGACAUAUGAAAUUCUCACCACUUUAGCAUAUUGCAUAUAAAUGUCAUUUUUCACAUGAAGUUUACUACAUAUGCAUAUGUCAUGAACUGCAUUUUUCAAACAUGGCAUGAAAAUAAAUUUUGGUCACGACCCCAAAAGCUAUGAUGGAGAAUCAUCCUAAUGGAACUCAUCUGUACACUCUAGAGUGAGUAAAAAUAGAGUCGUAACCCCUAAGUUGACAAAGAAUCGUCAACGGAUUUCGAAUGUAUUCUUUUUAAAGAAUGCCGGAGCAAAGUGGAAUAUGGCAUCUAAUGAUGAUAGGUUCAUACGUUAUGAUGAUAUGUUAUAAUGAUGAUAUGUUAUAAUAAAAUGUUACGAUACCAAUGCAUUGGGUUACAAUAUCUGCAGAUAAAGACGUAGUUUCAACAUGAGUUGUACUACGAUCACCGACAGGUACUCACGGUGCAUAUAAGGGAGUUGUGACGAUACCAUAUGUUAUAUUCAUGAUGGAUUUCAUAACUAUGAAAUGUUAAGUUUUUGAAAAGAUGAAGUAAAAAAUGUUCUCUAAAAGACAAUGUGCAUUAAAGUUUUUAUGAAAGAUGUUGAGGAAUCUGGAUGCACGGGAGACAAAUACAGAUUUUUCUGCAUGCGUCUCAUGUUUAUCAUAAUCAUGCAUAUCUUAUCUCUAUGCAAGUUGGUUGUUUAACUUACUG